AUGGCGACCACUAAGUUCGACGUGGUGUGGCGUCACGACGCACUGGGACUGCGCUUUACGCCCAAUGAGAAAGACCUUCCAGUGGUAUGUCAAGUGCCAUCAAACGCCAAUCCCUCUGUAUUGGCGUCCCCCGUGGCCGUAGGUGACGUGCUCGUGGCUUUUGACUUGCACCUUUCCACUGAAACAGGUGAGCCGACGAUGCAGUUGGUGGAAACUUUCGAUCAAUUGGGGACUGUUCUGUGUCGUGCUAAGCUUCCGGUGACGCUGCGCUUUCAGUCAAGGGAGAGGGAGACGCCACUUCGAGUUGACGAGUCCGAUGUGAUCCACAGCUACGACUUUACGUGGGACGCUCAUACAUCGCUUGGCGUGUCACUAGCAAUGGAUCCGUGCUCCCUGUACGCGGUAAUUACUAUGAUUGAUGCUGCCAAGAUCUCGCCAACGUUCCAGGCCCUAAAGCCGGAGCUGGGCGACGUGCUGGUUGCUUUUUCUUCGACUUCUGAUGACGGUCAAGCCACGCGUCUCGACGAGAUGCGGUUUGAGGAUAUUAUCCGGACGUUACGGCAAUACCCGCGACCUUGUCGUCUCUCUUUCGCGAGACUUGCGGCGGAGACUCUAUCCGACUUGUCUGGAGUCGAAGAAGAAGAUAGUGUGGUUAAUUUACGAAAGCAGCUCGGGCGGUUGAAAGCGAAUUCUGCUGCUAGUGAGGACACUAGUGGUGUCCAAGUCAAGGACAUGUCAGAGCCGCCAUUUCUGAAGCAGCAACUGCAGAUGCCUCCACUUGUUCGCUGCAAGGCUGGUUUACGUCCAGCACGGAAGCUGAUCCCCAUCUCGAAUCGACAGAGUUUUCGCAUUGACAAGCCGGUACAGUCUGUGCUUUCGUCGGGUGAAUGUCGUCCGCAUGCUGGUUCCACGUCUUCGAACGAGGGCAGGCCACACCGUGGAUCAAAUGCCGAUGAGAAGGGAUUCUACACGGUCCUGUAUAGUGGUGGUGCUGUGGGACUGCAAUUACGUGACCGCUCGCAGGACGACACAAAUCUCGCAAAAGGUGACGACAUGACGAAUCGAACGAACGGAUACACAGUGGCAAUCCGGAGCGUCACGGAUGUAAGGUCUGCCCAAGGGUUGGAACUUGCGACAGCAGACGAUUUACUGAUGGCGAUCGGCUCGAAGGAUCUGCAGCAUGUUUCGUUCGAAAAUGUGCGCAAGGAGCUUGGCAUGAUCCAAACACCUACACAAUUGCUGUUUAAGAAACGCAAGCGCGUCGUGGGUAAUUCUGCAGGGUCGUCGCUGGUUGACACGCUGCUGCUCUUCCUCAUGUAA